AUGCCACUAGUCAAUCAGCAAGCACAAAACUCACAACGCACUUACUUGAGACGAGAUCCUCAGAACAAGGCGUUAGGUUACGCUUCGGCUUUCCUCACGGAGACAUCGAACCAUCGAGGUGUGUGUAACAGUUCUCCUUCUUGCGCAGUGACAUCCGUUCUACCUCAGACUCCAUUUGCUUCAAAGAAUCAGUUAUGGCAUUUUGAAAUGUGUUAA